GGAAGGACUUGCUGGCUCCUGACUGUAUCUGACACCUCAGCAUGUAGAUUGCUGUUGACAUCACUUAUCUGAAGAGUUUUUGAAGACUGGCGUCUGCCUGUAGGGUCAGAAGAUGGGUAAGAAGAGCCGAGUGAAAACUCAGAAAUCAGGUACCGGAGCUACAGCAACAGUAUCACCAAAGGAAAUGUUGGAUCUAAUUAGUGAACUAUUACAGAAAUUCAGCAGCCCAACCCCUGGCCCUGGAAAGGAAUGGGAAGAGUAUGUGCAGAUUCGUGCCCUUGUUGAAAAAAUACGGAAAAAGCAAAAAGGGCUGUCAGUUACUUUUGAUGGAAAAAGAGAAGAUUAUUUCCCUGAUCUGAUGAAAUGGGCCACUGCAAAUGGAGCAUCCACGGAGGGGUUUGAAUUGGUUAACUUUGAAGAGGGUUUUGGUCUCAGAGCAACAAGGGAAAUAAAGGCAGAAGAACUGUUCCUGUGGGUUCCAAGAAAAUUGCUGAUGACAGUUGAAUCAGCUAAAAAUUCAGUGUUGGGGUCCUUAUAUUCUCAAGACUGAAUCCUUCAGGCUAUGGGGAACAUCACAUUGGCAUUUCAUCUUCUUUGUGAACGAGCCAACCCUAGCUCUUUCUGGCUGCCGUACAUACAGACUCUCCCUAGCGAAUAUGAUACUCCUCUCUAUUUUGAAGAAGACGAAGUGCAGUAUCUUCAGUCAACACAGGCCAUCCAUGAUGUCUUCAGCCAGUACAAAAAUACAGCUCGACAAUAUGCCUAUUUCUACAAAGUUAUUCAGACCAAUCUUAAUGCCAACAAACUGCCCUUGAAGGAUUCUUUCACUUAUGAGGACUACAGAUGGGCAGUGUCUUCUGUUAUGACGUGACAAAACCAAAUUCCAACAGAGGAUGGUUCCCGAGUGACUCUGGCUUUGAUUCCUUUAUGGGAUAUGUGUAAUCACACCAAUGGGCUGCCCACACACUCCGCUCCUCUGGUGCUAACCUUCUC